AUGAGCAGUGAAUUUUUGGCGGAGCUGCAGUGGGAGGAUGGGUUCGCCAUCCCGGUGGCGAACGAAGAGAACAAGCUUCUGGAAGAUCAAUUGUCCGUGCUUCAGACCGAAAAAAGAGACUUGCAAGAUCAGCUGCGUGACUAUGGAGAUCGAAUCAGCGCUAUGACUGCUCACUUUAAGAAUGUUAAACAGGAGUUUGCCUUUACACAGUCUCUUUGCAAAGCCAGGGAGCAUGAGAUUGAAAGUGAAGAACAUUUUAAGGCCAUUGCUGAAAGAGAGUUGGGACGAGUGAAGGAUGAAAUCCAACGACUAGAAAAUGAGAUAGCUUCAAUACGGGAGAAGAAGAAUGAUAAGGAAAACAGCAUAUUUAAAACUACUCAAAAAUUGGACGGUCUGAAGUGUCAGAUGAACUGGGACCAGCAGGCUCUGGAGGCCUGGUUAGAAGAAUCAGCUCAUAAAGACAGUGAUGCCCUCACCCUUCAGAAAUAUGCACAACAAGACGAUAAUAAAAUCAGGGCACUGACCCUCCAAUUAGAAAGACUGACUGUGGAAUGUAAUCAGAAAAAAAAGGUACUUGACAAUGAACUUACAGAGACUCUAAGUGCACAGUUAGAAUUGGACAAAGCAGCCCAAGAUUUUCGUAGGAUACAUAACGAAAGACAAGAACUCAUUAAACAGUGGGAGAACACCAUAGAGCAGAUGCAGAAAAGGGAUCAAGACAUAGAUAACUGUGCCAUGGAAUUAUCAAGGAUAAAGCAGGAAACAAGAGAAAAAGAGAGUUUGGUUAAGGAAAAGAUAAAGUUUUUGGAGAGUGAGAUUGGAAAUAACACAGAGUAUGAGAAAAGAAUUUCUGCUGCUGAUCGUAAAGUGUUAAAAUGUAGGACAGAAUAUCAGCGCCAUGAAACUACUAGAAAUCAGCUGAAGGAUGAGCUGGAUUCUUUAAAAGCCACUGUGAAUAGAAGUUCCAGUGAUUUAGAAGCUCUGAGGAAAAACAUUUCCAAAAUAAAGAAGGACUUUAAUGAAGAAACUAAAAGAUUAAAUCAAAUUAAACAUCAGAAUCAGAAUCUUAGAAGAAAAUUAAAGCAGAUAACUGAGAAAACCAUGUCUGUAGAAGAGAAAGCCACCAAUAUGGAAGAUAUGUUAAAGGAAGAGGAAAAAAGUGUAAAGGAAGUGGAAGUUCAGUUGAACAUAGUGAAAGAUGUGCUAUUUAAGAAAGUCCAGGAAUUACAGACUGAGACAAUGAAAGAAAAAUCUGUUGUAUCAGAAAUUGAAGGAACUCGAUCCUCUCUAAAACAUCUCAACCAUCAGUUACAUAAACUGGAUUUUGAAACUUUGAAGCAGCAAGAAAUUAUGUACAGUCAGGACUUUUACAUUCAACAAGUGGAGCGGCGAAUGUCACGGCUAAAGGGGGAAAUUAAUUCUGAAGAGAAACAAGCCCUUGAAACAAAAAUUGUUGAACUUAAAAAGACAUUGGAAGAGAAAAAAUCGACAUGUGGCCUCUUAGAAACACAGAUCAAGAAACUUGAUAAUGACCUUUACUUUAUCAAGAAGUUCAACAGUAAAAUUUGUGAUGAAAAAGAAUCUCUGAAGACAAAAAUAAAUGAACUAAACCUUUUUAUGGACAGAUCAGAGAAAGAAUUAAGGAAAGCCAAAGCUUUUAAACAGGAUUUGAUGAUAGAUGACAACUUUUUAAAACUUGAAGUAAAACGUACUCGAGAAAUGCUUCACAGCAAGGCAGAAGAAGUUCUUUCCCUGGAAAAAAGAAAACAGCAAUUAUACACAGCAAUGGAAGAGCGAACAGAAGAAAUUAAGGUGCACAAAGCAAUGCUUGCAUCACAGAUAAGAUAUGUUGAUCAAGAAAGGCAAAACAUAAGUUCACAGUUUCAUGACCGGUUAAGUAAAAUUGAUAAACUGAAGAACAGAUAUGAGAUCCUUACUGUAGUUAUGCUGCCUCCUGAAGGAGAAGAGGAGAAAACACAGGCCUAUUAUGUAAUAAAGGCCGCUCAAGAAAAAGAGGAACUUCAAAGGGAAGGUGACAGUUUGGAUGCUAAGAUCAACAAAGCUGAAAAAGAAAUCUAUGCUCUUGAAAACACCUUGCAAGUGUUGAACAGCUGCAAUAAGAAUUACAAACAGUCUUUUAAAAAAGUGACUCCAUCUAGUGAAGAGUAUGAACUAAAAAUCCAACUAGAGGAACAAAAAAGAGCUGUGGAUGAAAAAUACAGAUACAAGCAAAGACAAAUCAGAGAACUUCAGGAAGAUAUACAGAGCAUGGAAAACACUUUACAAGUUAUAGAACACUUAACAAAUAAUAUCAAAGAAAAAAUAUUAGAGAAGAAGGCUUAUUCAUUUCAACUUAGUAGAGAAAUUGAGGAGCAGAAGCCAAAAUUAAUCAGAGUAACUAAACAGUGUUCAAAACUCACCAAGGAAGUCCGUCUUAUGAGAAACACUAUAGAUGAAAUACUAGAAGAAAAAGACAUCAAACUUCGUGAAGUGAAACAAUUUCACAAGAUGAUUGAUAAAAUGUUAGUUGAUGUUGCAGAAGAAAAUUCUGAUGUCCGUUUCAUCCUUCAAACAUACUUCCAGCAGAAUGGUUUAGAACUUCCUACAGCUAGCACUAAAGGUCUGAGCUCUAGAUCGUCUUCACAGGCUUCACUGUCGUCAGCAAGGUCACCUAGGAGUAUUGCAAGUACUUCUUUUCAGGCUCCAAUUAAAGUAUUAGAGCUGAACUUACCACCCACCCCUUCAGGAGCACACUAUACAUCUAGGCCAGGAACUGCUAGUAGUAGCUCCAGUAAUGGUAAAAGCAAAAAGAGCAACAAAUAA